AUGAAGCAGCUCCUAGUGUACUACUACCGCGUGGUGCAUUGCGAGGGCGGCCAUUUCACAUGGGCUAAGCCAGACCAAGUGCCGCCUAGGGAUAUCAUCCGGCCGACGAAAACACAGACUCAAGCUAUAGACGAGAUAAUGGCAGCCUUGGCUGUUGAGGAUGAAGCAGAGGCUGAGCUGGCUCUCAAGCAUGCAAUUCGGCGACUAUAUCUAGCCAUGAUUUGCCACACGGUUAGCAGCGUGCCGUUCAAAUCACCCGUCUUAAGUUUCUGCGCUAUGUUGGGCAGGAAACUUGUGAUCUUCGACUAUGCUUGCUUCCACAAGCAGGAUGAUGAAGAUCAAAUCCCUGUCUUCCUUGCCAGAAUGUGCAAGAAGUUCUUCCAGCAGCUGGCCGAGACACCAUUUGGGCACAUUUUGCAGUGGCGGCUCUAUCUGUUUAAGAUAUUACAUCUGGUUCUGUCCGAGUAUCAGAAAGCCCACUCCCUGCUUUGGGAUGAGCUAUUAUUUGGGGGCAAGGGCCUGAUUCCCAUGGAAUCGUGGAGGCUAAAGGAUGACCUAGAUAUGGAGGAGUUUGGGGGGUCAUGGCUCUCUCAUCCCAGCAACUCCGAAUUCCUCGAUGGCGCUAAGCUUGCUCUCUUCAGACGGAUCCAGGGAAAUCCCCAGUUGCGGGCUAUGUUCUUGACCACGGCUGCAGACGGAAGUGUGGCCUUGUGUCCGAAGGCUAUGAAGAUCUACGAGGCACAUGCUCAGGACUUCCUAGGGUCAGGGUUGAUACUCUGCCACGUCCCACUAGGCCCGCCACUACGAGUAUCCGAGUUGCUGUCAGAGAAGCUAGUUAUGAUAUAUGUCCAGUAUCACAAAGGCCAGCAGCAGUCGGGUGUUUAUAAGGACAAUAUUCGGUUCCUCCCAAAGGCAAUUGGGGAUUUGUUGCUCAUGUACAUCGCAUAUGUCAUUCCCCUACGGCAGAUGUUUCUACGGCAGCAGACUCCAGGUGCUCUCAUUUCCCCGUAUCUCUGGUCAAAAUUGGACGGGACGGUAUGGGCUGAUGACACGCUCGCGGCUUGCUUAGCUAAGGCCUGUACUCGUGCGCAGGUUCCGUGGUUCAAGACGGCACAAUGGCGGCAGUUUGCAGCAUCGAUAAUGUAG